AUUUCAUUCGGUCAUUUUGCGUUGCAUGCGCUGUUGAAGGGCAAGAUUGUUUUGUCAUUUCGUUGUAAAAAUCUUAAAAUUUAAAUAAUUUUAUCAAGUGUACAAUUGUAUGCAUUAUCAAUAAAGUGUGUUGUAAGAUUUUGUGUUAAUUUAGUCUUCUAGUUAUUUAGGUUGGCACAAUGGCGGUGCUGGCGGCAGCUCAGCUGCUUGAUGAAUUGAUGGGCAGACAUCGGAAUACAAAUCCGAAUGAAAAAAUCAAAAAGCCGAAUUGGGAGGAUCCCGAGUACUGCAAAUAUUACAUGGUGAAGUUCUGUCCACAUGAUUUGUUUGUAAACACCAGAGCAGAUCUCGGUGCCUGUCCGAAGGUCCAUGACGAUGAAGUCAAAGAGCUGUUUGAGAAGGCAGAGUCCUCAUACAAGAAGGCACAAUAUGUGGAAGAGUUCUUACGUUUCUGCCGUCACAUGAUCAACGAUGUUGAACGAAAAAUCCAAAAGGGUAAACAAAGGUUAGAGUUAAUGAACUCGAAACCCGAUGGUCCACCCAUGACUCAAGCGCAGACUGAGAAAAACCAGGAACAGGUUCAAUUGCUAUCAGAAAAGAUAACAUCAUUAGUACAAGAAGCAGAGGAGGCAGGAACACGCGGUGAUGUCGAACAAGCUCAAGGCCUUAUGAAACUCUGUGAUAGAUUGAAAGAAGAGAAAGAACAACUAUUGAAACAACAAGAGAACAGUCACUGGUCCAUGACGGCUGAGUUAGCGGCAGCACAGGAGAAGCAGAUGGAAGUGUGUCCUGUGUGCGGCGCGUUCUUGAUCGUUGGUGACGCACAACAGCGCAUUGACGACCAUUUGUCUGGGAAACAACAUGUCGGCUACUUCAAACUGCGGCAAGCUUACGAAGAAAUGAACGAAGCACGCGAGAAGGAACAACAAGAGAAAGAGCGAAAACGUCGGGAAGAGAGAGAAAAGGAGCGCAGUGCUCGUAGCGGAGGCCUCGGCUCCGACCGACGCGACAGGGAACGUAUGGAACGCGACCGGGAACGCGACAGGGACAGGAGUGAGCGAGGAAGCGACCGCGGGGACCGCAGCGAGCGAGCCGAUCGCGACCGGGAAAGGGACACUGAUAAGAAAGAACGCGAAAAGGAGCCCAAGGAUAAGGAGAGGGAACGGGAUAGGGAUAAGGAGCGUGAGAAAGAUAGGGAACAACGGGAUCGUCAUAGGACGAGCCGUGAGAAGACCAACCGCCACGAGGACCGGGAGCGGGAGCGCGAGCGAGAUCGUGAUAAGGAGCGAGACCGGGAACGUGACCGCAAACACCGCAAGGACCGAAGAUCACCUCACGAGCGCUCGCGGCGACGUUCCCGCGACCGCCACUAGCAAAAUGUCUGAGGUAUCACAAAUGCGCCUGAAAUCGUUGGAAAGCCAUAGACGAAGAACUCCGGAUCGCGCUGCAACCACCAUCACUGUCAAAGAGGUACUUUUGAAAUUAAGCACCCGUACAGAAGAGGCGAGGCGCGACGCUGUUCCAGAAAAUUCUACAUUCGGCCAUCGGUUUCGAGGUGACAUAGAAUAGUCACACGUAAUAUUUAAGAAUUUCAAUGUUAGCACCAAAAGUAUUGGUUUAUAAAAUGCAUGUAGCCGAAAGUCCCGCGUUACAACGGACUUGAUAUAAUUUACGAAUAGAUAUUAAAUGUUUGUAACAGUGUAGACACCACUGAUAUUCGAUCUUUAGGAAGGUCACUGUUCUUUUCUGUAAACCAGUUUCCUCUGAGGAGUCAUUCAGGUAUUUAUCAAAUUAUUUUUUAUCUUUAUCGUAAUAAUGUUAACAUUUAAUUGUGUAUGUUUGGGAUUGAGCUGAUAGCGUAUGUCUUGAAGGAAUAAACCAUGAAUUUAAAAA